GUCCCGAGAGGUUAAGCCCCUCCCUGGCUGGCCUUGGUCGGGGCUGGAGGUGCGCCGUGCAGAGGAAGAUGGCGUGGAUCUCUGCCUUCACCCAAGGGUUACAGAAAAUGACCAAGUCCCAGAGACCAGUAACAUUCAAGGACGUGGCUGUGGGUUUCACCCAGGAGGAGUGGCGGUAUCUGGACCCUUCCCAGAGGGAUCUGUACCGGGACGUGAUGCUGGAGAACUAUAUCAACCUCAUCUCAGUGGGAUAUAAAACCAUCAAGCCUGCUGUGAUCCACAAAUUGGAACAAGGAGAAGAACCAUGGAUGGUGGAGAGAGAAAUCUCAAGUUGGAGAUACCCAGAAAAAGUCUGGCAAGUUGAUGACCACAUGGAGAGGCACCAAGAGAACCAAGGAACACUUUUCAGGCAUGUUGCAUUCAUUGACCAGAAAACUGUGACGGAGGAAAAGGGUAACAAUUGUAAUGCACUUAAAAAUAGAUGUCAUCUGAGCACAGCCUUUGUUUCUUCAAAACAAAGACUCCAAAGACAUGACUCGUAUCAUAGAAGUUUUAACUAUUUAGACUUAUUUAGUGGUAACAGAAGAUAUGCAAGAAAGAAUGAAUGUAGUGAAUGUGGAAAAGUCUUCUUCCAGAAGUCAGACCUCAUUAUACAUAAGAGAACUCAUACAGGAGAAAAGCCCUUUGUAUGUACUGAGUGUGGGAAAGGCUUCAGCAAGAAAUCAAAUCUCGUUAUACAUCUGAGAAGCCAUAUUCUAGAGAAACCUUAUGAGUGUACUGAAUGUAGAAAAGCUUUCUCCCAUAAAUCACACCUCAUUGAACAUCAGAGAAUACACACUGGGGAGAAACCCUAUGAGUGUAAUGAGUGUGGGAAAGCAUUUUUCCAAAAAUCACACCUCAGUAUUCACCAGAGAACUCAUACUGGGGAGAAACCCUAUGUGUGCGAUGAAUGUGGGAGAGCCUUCAGCAUGAAGUCAUACCUCUUUGUACAUCGGAGAAUACACACAGGAGAGAAACCUUAUGUGUGUACCAGGUGUGAGAGAGCUUUCAGUGAAGUGUCCUGCCUUAUUAGACAUAAGAAAAUCCAUACUGGGGAGAAACCUUAUGAAUGUAAUGAGUGUAAAAAAGCCUUUUCUGAGAAGUCUGACCUCAUUAUACAUCACAGAACUCACACAGGAGAAAAACCCUAUGAAUGCAAUCAAUGUGGGAAAGCCUUCAGACAUAGCUCAGCCCUCUGUCGCCAUAAGAGGACUCAUAAAGAAAAAGUUUCUUAAAAGAGAAAGUAAUGUGGGAAUAUUUUCAACUAAAAAUUACAGUGACAGAAAGCCUUCAUUGGAAAUCAAACCUUAUUAUGUAUCAAGAAGUCUUAAGAAGAAGCCUAUUCAACAAAUUUAGAAAAGUAUGUAGCUAUGUUUCUGUAGAACUCAUAUUUCAGAUGUGAUGCCAAAGUAUUUCUAGAAGAUAUUACAGAAAGUACACCUCCUUGUUAAGGAUAAAUGCUUACUGUGGACUACAAAGACUUGAAAUAUUAAUAAGUGGGCUAGUCAAAACAAAAUUAGAAAAUCAUUUAUGGACAGUAUGCAAAGUAUGAAAGCAUUAUAUUCCAAACUGUUCUACAUUACACUAUGCAUCACAUAAUGUAAAUCAUAUAGGUAUUGGAAUUGCUUACGUGAAGCUAACAAUUA